AGUGUGUGUGUGGGGGGGUCAUUUAAAAAAAUAAGGAAAACAAUACCAGAUGCUAUUGCUUCAAUGUAUUGAUCAAUAUGGUUAUAUAUACAGUACCUGUCAUCUAAAACAAAAGGUUUAAUUUUUUUUGUAUGAUCACCUUUUACAUGUUUUGCUAUCUUCCGUGAGAAAUAGGACAAGCUCAACUGAAGGGGCGGAGAAACCCCCUCACCUUAAUCUACACCCUUCCUCUUUAGUCAUUUCAUUUACACGCUGGGUUCCCUCAAAACCACUUUAAAAUCCACCCAGAGGUCAAUUAAAAACUAAGAGGACGACUUAGACCCAACCUUUCUGAUUUCGAAAGCAGAUCUCGUCUGAAAUAUGCAUGGAAACUGUACUAACUUUAGCAUACCUGCAAAUUCGGUCCGGUUCCAGGCGUCGGCUGUCGUGUAUGGACUGGUUCUGGCUGUGGGUCUGCCCCUCAACACGUUUUCCCUAUGGAUCCUGUUGCGCAGUCACGGGCUCCGGUCAUCCUGCGCCGUGCUCAUGGUGAACCUCGCCGCAUCUGACCUACUCCUCGCGCUCUCCCUGCCGCUGCGCGUCUACUUUUACGCGACGCACCAAUGGCCGUUUGGAGUGGCCACAUGCACCACUGCCAUCAUGCUGUUUCGAGUUAACAUCAGGACAAGCUGUAUCUUCAUCACUUUAAUCAGUGUGGACCGGUUUGUCGCCCUGGUCUUCCCUCUGCGCUCCCGGUGUCUGCGAACCUCCGCGUGCGCCUGCAAGUGCUGCGCGGCUGUGUGGAUCCUCGUCACCAUCAUUUGCAUUCGGGAGAUUAUAAAACUCCACAGCACCCUGAACAAUAUCUGUAACGUUACCAACCUACCGUGUUUUGAGUAUCAAGGGGACGCCAAGGGCUCGACAAUCAUGGCAGUCGCACAGGCGACAUUUAUAUUAAUACUGCUGGUGAUCAAUAUCGUCUCCACGGUCGUGGUCAUAGUCGUGCUGAAGAAGCGUCCCAGCGCUGGCGCGGCCAAAGUGAACAACAAAAUGAACGUGAUACUGAUUUUUGCAGUCAACAUGUUGGUGUUUAUUAUAUUUUUCCUCCCUUUUACAUUACAACUCUUGACGUUCAAGGGGGAAAACGACAGCGAAAUUUUACGAGCGCUCAUCUGCCUGGCGAGUGUCAACUGCUGUCUGGACCCUCUCAUCUACUAUUUCUCCCUGGACUCGUUCUGGCAGGACAACAGUAAAAGACAAAUGGAUGUUGGCACGUAUUCUCUCAGCAGGUCGAAUGAAAGGGUCUUAAACUAGCUGAAAAUAGUUAGGAUACACAGUAGAGAGACUAGUACGGAGCCCCGAAUGGGACAUGGCGAUGGGGAAAAAUAGUUAGAGGAAAAAAUAUAUUUCAGUGCUUUAUCGUUCCCUCGAAAACCUUGCAAAUGUAUUGCUUUCUCCCGGAAAAUUUGCGUUCGCUCUUAAGAGCUUUUCUCCCACAUAAUUUUAUUUCCAUCGCAAAAGUUUGGCCUGAGAGAGAGAAAAAACCUGUGGCCUCAGAACUUGGGUAAGAUAGAAAGUAUAAACAUGGGUGUUAAAAACGUAGGGUAUAUAACACUUUGUGGGUGUCAGACAUUAGUGUUGUGAUUAAUAACUACUGUGUUAAUCUUUCAGAACACAUGUGUGAACUUCACAAUGCAUUUCAUACAUCAAACCAUCCUGAGAGGGUUAAAAACGUUGGUUGGAUAUUUCGUUUAAAUCUCACCUAAAUGUUCAAAUACGUCCAAAUAAGUGCUUUAAAUAUACCAUACGCUAUUGGAUCUGUUUGGUUAGAAUAUACUGUGAUUAUACUAUAUUGCAUAAUAGUCUUUAAUUGCAUUAUAUUUUAACUGGCUUAUUGAAAUGUACUGUAAUUUUAGUAUUUUCUGGUGUGGAGCCUCAUACUUAGCAGUAUAACAUAUAUGUGGCUUUCAGAAUAUCUUCAACAGAGAAAAGUUAUAUUUUUUGUGGCUCAUGUAUAAAACAUGUUUUUAAUUGUAUUUAUAUUUAUUUUUAUAAUGAUGACUUGUGAACCACAUUGAAGCUAUGCUUUUUUCCACUUCCUGUUGUAGCCUAACAAGAUGUGGCAAUUCUGAUUCAAUGCAACCUCAGCGUUCUUAAAAGCAAAAUAUUUGGGCCAGUAAACACUUUAGAGUAGGGGUGUCAAACAUACGGCCCAAAAAGGUGUCCAAUCCGGCCCGGGGGAUGAUUUGAACAAUAAUUAAAACAAACAAACAAACAAACAGUUAUGCAUGGUCCACCGGCUAUAAAUCCGAACGGUUAUUAGUUAAUUUUGGCCAAUAUCUAUUCUGGACUUGCAAACAAACUGCUUUGCAAUCAUUUCCCAAACUGUCAUUUGAAAAUAUUACGAAGUCUGUAAACAGGACGUUAACACGGCCAGAAGAAAAAUAUAAAUAAGAAGAAAAAUAUAAAUCUUGAAUUGGGUUUUUAUAUGAAUGUAGCUUAAAAGGGAACUGUCUGCAGAAAAGUUUCGAUCUCCGUAUAAGUAGCCUAUUUUAUAAUCGCAGCGAUGCUUUGUGUAUAGCGGUAACCAAGGAAACGCUAUAUCGCUGCUGUUGCAUUUUCAUUCAGUCCGUCUGCUAUUUUUGUUUUGUGCAAGCGUCUUAUGUAGCAUAAUUUCACUAAGCUAUAAAGUCAGACCAUGCUGUUUUUUUCUGUAAAUCUUGAAAUUAUACAAUCUAAUUUAAAUCAAAAACAACUGCUCAUGCUCAAAAUGCAGUGGUGCCUGUAUACUAAAUGGCUACACAUAUUUUUUUUGUUUAAAGCCAGUUUGGCCUGUUAUAGAACAAAUAACAAAUAAAUUUGCUUAAAGAAAAGAAAAGAAAAAAAAGGCAACCAGUAUCAAAUUUGCUCCAAAAAAACUGGGAUUGGCCAUAAAAAAAAAAAAAAAAAAAAAAAAAAAAAAAAAAAAAUUGGUGCAUCAUUAAUAAAAACAUUGAAUCAAAUGGUAACACUUUACAAUAAGGUUCAUUAGUUAAACAUUAGUUAAUGUAUAUUAACUAACAUGAACUAACCAUAAACAAUACAUUUGUUACUGUAUUUACUAAUCUUCGUUAACAUUAAUGAAAAUACAGUUAUUCAUUGUUUGUUCAUGUUAGUUCACAGUGCAUUAACUAAUGUUAACAAGAUAUUAAUAAUGUAUUAGUAAAUGCUGAAAUUAACAUCAAAGAUUAAUAAAUGCUGUAUAAGUGCAGUUCAUUAUUAGUUCAUGUUAACUGAUGUUGUUAACUAAUGAACCUUAUUGUAAAGUUUUAUCAAUCAAACAUUAUUUUAAAAGUCUAAUAAAGUCUUUUCGCAGUAAAAACAAAUGCUGUUUUCAAAGAGUAGUGUGUGUUUUUUUUUUUCUUGCAAAUUAAUGUGUAGAUUGUAUGGUUAAUAUUAAUGCAACCGUCAGCUUACUACGGUUUAAAAAAAAAAAAAAAAAAAAAAUCGUCCCACACAUGGUUACAUUUUUUACCAUCCGGCCCUCAACCUAAAAUGAGUUUGAUACCCCUACUUUAGAGGAUCUUCUGUGUGCAUCUGUUGGCAAAACUCAUCCGUCACAACCACAAAAAUGUAAAUUUUGUCUGGGUUCCAUCUAAAUUUGGAAGGUACCAUGAAGUCACCUGGGGAUGCAGAUGAUCAGACUUAAACUUCAAACUUAAAUAUGAUAAUAGGAAUAUAGUUUCUUACGGUUUUAAUGGUUUAUAAAUGUGUCUGUCAUAAAACCUGCCAUAAUGUCUGAUCUUAAAUAUGAUACACAUCUGCUUAUGUUGUAUAUUUAAUAUAUGUGAUUUUAAAGAACUUCUUAGAUUUGUUUAUGUCUAGAAUAAUUAUGUGAACAGUUUUAGGAUUUUUUGUUUGUUCUAUCAUCUAAAAAGUCUUAAAAUUGACGUCUUUACCACAGGGAUUUCUCAAUUAAAGUGUCUUUGAUCAUGUGAGCUAAUUGUUGUCACAUUAAAUUAAAAUUUAGCUGACAGACCUAUAUGUUUACAUGUUUAUAGUUAUAUAAAAAUCUGUCAGUUGCCUUGCAAGUGUCAUAUUUUCAGGUUGAGUCAUGUUUCUUCUCACCUUGUGCUAAAAAGCUAGACUAAUACCAUAUAGCUUUCAAUAUGCCUGUGAAUUAAACAGCAGUAGUGAAUAUUGUAAACAAUUUUAACCUUAGAUGGACUAAUGCAAAAUAGUGUGUUUUUGUUGUCUUAUAGCUGCCACAAACUUAACAAUCUUUUAUAAUCCUAAUAAACCCAUUUUGUGAAA